GCGCAUUGUCUGUUUGUAGGGUUAGCAAAUUACACACAGUGAAAAAGGAACGAUUCAGCUUUGGAUGAUGAAGUUGAUGAUGAUACAGAGAUGGAGCUCUACAAAAGCUUCGAAAUUUGUUCAGCCUCGCUUCCUGGAGACAGGUACUCUGAGAAAUGCUUCACUCCUCCAUUGCUCCGAACGAGACUAUUCUGGUUUCAGCGAUAGGAAUCUGUCUUACAGAGAGAGAUUGAGAAGUGGGCUUUUAGAUAUUAAGGAAGAGGAUGCUGUUGAUCUCUUCCAAUCCAUGAUUAGGUCUCGUCCUCUUCCCACUGUCAUUGAUUUCAAUAGAUUGUUUAGUGCCGUUGCCAGAACAAAGCAGUAUGAUCUCGUUCUAGCUCUCUCCAAGCAGAUGGAGCUGAUUGGGAUUGCGUAUGACUUGUACUCUCUCAAUAUUCUCAUCAAUUGUUUCUGUCGGCUUGGUAGAGUUUGUUUCGCUUAUUCUGUUUUGGGGAAGAUCCUGAAACUUGGGUAUGAGCCUAGCACUAUCACGUUUAACACUCUACUUAAUGGGUUAUGUCUCGAGGGCCGAGUCUCCCAAGCCGUGGGAUUAGUUGAUCGAAUGGUAGAAAUGAGACAUACACCCGAUCUCAUUACCAUUAACACUCUGGUUAAUGGACUUUGUCUCAAUGGUAAAGUGUCUGAAGCUGUGGUUUUGAUAGAUCGAAUGAUUGAAAAUGGCUGUCAACCCAAUGAAGUUACCUUUGGACCGGUUUUAAAUGUAAUGUGCAAGUCCGGGAAAACUGCCUUGGCAAUGGAGUUGCUCAGAAAGAUGGAAGAAAGAAAGAUCAAGCUUAAUGUAGUCCAUUACAGUAUCAUCAUCGAUGGUCUUUGUAAAGACGAAAACCUCGACGAUGCACUCAACCUUUUCAACGAAAUGGAAGUGAAAGGUUUUAAAGCAGAUGUUAUUACCUACACCACUCUCAUUAGAGGCUUUUGUAAUGAUGGUAGAUGGGAUGAUGGUGCGCAGUUGCUCAGGGAUAUGAUCACAAGGAGAAUCGCCCCCAACGUUGUCACAUUCAACUCUUUGAUUGAUAGUUUUGUGAAAGAGGGAAAACUUCUAGAGGCCGAAGAACUGUACAAGGAGAUGAUUCGACGAGGUAUAUCUCCUACUACUAUUACAUAUACUUCUUUGAUAGAUGGGUUUUGCAAGGAGAACCGCCUAGACGAGGCAAACCAGAUGCUGGAUCUGAUGGUUAGCAAAGAGUGUGAUCCUGAUAUUGUGACUUAUAGUAGUCUCAUAAAUGGAUAUUGUAAGGCUGAGCGGGUCGAUGAUGGUUUUGAAUUGUUCCGCAAAAUGUCCCUGAGAGGAGUGGUUGCAGAUACAAUUACUUAUAGCACUCUAAUCCAAGGGUUUUGUCAAUCGGGAAAACUUGAGGUUGCUAAAGAACUCUUCCAAACGAUGGUUUCUCGUCGUGUUCCUCCUGAUAUCGUGACUUAUUCUAUUUUGCUGGAUGGGUUGUGUGACAAUGGGGAACUAGAAAAAGCAAUGGAAAUUUUUGAAAAAAUGCAGAAAAGUGAGAUGAAGCUUGAUAUUAGUACGUAUAGUAUCAUUAUUCACGGGAUGUGCAAUGCUAGUAAAGUGGAUGAUGCUUGGGAUUUAUUCUGUAGACUCCCUCUCAAAGGAAUGCAGCUUGAUAAUAGGGCAUACACCAUAAUGAUUUCAGGAUUAUGUAAGAAAGGGUCACUCUCUGAAGCAAAUAAAUUGUUUAGAAAAAUGGUAGAGGAUGGGCAUGCGCCAGACGGUUGUACAUACAACACUCUAAUCCGAGCACAUCUCCUAGUUAGUGAUGUAAUCAAAUCAGCUCAACUAAUCGAAGAAAUGAAGAGGUGCGGGUUCGCUGCUGAUGCUUCGACUAUAAAGAUGGUUAUCGAUAUGUUAUCGGAUGGUAGAUUGGACAAAAAGUUUUUGGAUAUGCUUUCUUAGAAUUUUAGGUGUUCACAUCAUAUAACUGUCUUGGAGCAUUGAAAGAUUAAGUUGAGGUAGUCUUUUCUAACAAUCCAAGAGUUACAUAUGACAACAUUUGAUCAGGUUUGUUUGUUUAGGUUAUUUGUGAAUGAUACUUUUGUUUGUUUUGGAAA